AUGCGUCAGCCUCUUGGUGAUCAUGAGUCUGUCUACAUCAGUGGUGCCGGUGAUCUUGUGUCUGUCUACAUUAAUGGUGCCGGUGAUCUUGAGUCUGUCUACAUCAGUGGUGGCGGUGAUCUUGUGUCUGUCUACAUCAAUGGUGCCGGUGAUCUUGUGUCUGUCUACAUUAAUGGUGCCGGUGAUCUUGUGUCUGUCUACAUUAAUGGUGCCGGUGAUCUUGUGUCUGUCUACAUCAGUGGUGCCGGUGAUCUUGUGUCUGUCUACAUUAAUGGUGCCGGUGAUCUUGAGUCUGUCUACAUCAGUGGUGGCGGUGAUCUUGUGUCUGUCUACAUUAAUGGUGCCGGUGAUCUUGUGUCUGUCUACAUCAGUGGUGCCGGUGAUCUUGUGUCUGUCUACAUUAAUGGUGCCGGUGAUAUUGAGUCUGUCUACAUCAGUGGUGGCGGUGAUCUUGUGUCUGUCUACAUUAAUGGUGCCGGUGAUCUUGUGUCAGUCUACAUUAAUGGUGCCGGUGAUCUUGUGUCUGUCUACAUCAGUGGUGGCGGUGAUCCUGUGUCUGUCUACAUUAAUGGUGCCGGUGAUCUUGUGUCUGUCUACCACAGGGGCGGACUGGCUCUAUGGGGUUCAUCCUUUUAG